AUGACCGGCGUCGACUUUGAGCUCCCGACUUCACUCGCUGGAGGCUUCGAUCCUUUUGCCGACGAGGUCGCUGCGCCGGGCCCCACCGCCGGCGAGAAGAAGAGCAAGUCGAGCAAGCCUGACGCCGAGGGCUUUGCCGUCCAUGUUCGCAUGCAGCAGCGCAACGGCCGCAAGUCGCUGACCACCGUGCAGGGCCUGCCAGAGGCGUUUGACUACAAGAAGAUCCUCAAGGCGCUCAAGAAGGAGUACUGCUGCAACGGCACCGUGAUCGAGGACGAGGAGCUGGGCAAGGUGCUGCAGCUGCAGGGCGACCAGCGCAAGAACGUUUCGGCCUUCCUGCUGGGCAACGAGCUGUGCAAGAAGGACCAGAUCAAGGUGCACGGCUCCUAG